GUCACUGUGCGCAAAGGGAAACAGAAAAGUUCCACAAGAGGACUCACUCUGGAUCUUUUCAGGAUAAUAAUGAACUAUACGACGCUUAUGUAUGUACAAGUUCAAAAUACGGACUUUUGACUUCACUUUGGACUGGAGCCACGUUUUAAAAUUUACUGCAGUUCGCACAGACAUUCUACAAAUCUCGCUGCUCUACUGCGAUGUUUAAAAGAAACCAAGUCAUUUAGAAAGGUCUUUGUGUGAUGGCUGAUGUGACACUUCCAGGGUGAGCAGCUCCUGUUUUCAGUGCUGUGACGCCCUCUGCUGUGUGGCUGAGGGAGAUUCAGGACUGGGAAAGCAAGGAUGGAGAAUGUUAUCAAGGAGGGGAUGAACACUGUCAUCAUCAACCACUACAACCACUCGGGGAAGUUGGACCGACCUCGUAACGGGGGCGUCUGCAAGACGGUGUUGCUGCUAAUCAUCUGCAUGCUCAUCAUUCUGGAGAACAUAAUGGUUCUGCUCGCUAUCUGGAGGAACAAGCGCUUCCACAGCCGAAUGUACCUGCUCAUUGGAAACCUGGCGUUGUCUGACCUUCUGGCUGGUGUGGCCUAUGUGGUAAAUAUCUUCACCUCGGGGAGUAAGACCUUCUACCUGACGCCAGAGCAAUGGCUGGCUAGAGAGGGAAGCAUGUUUGUGGCCCUCAGCGCCUCCACCUGCAGUCUCCUGGCCAUUGGCAUUGAGAGGCACAUGACAAUGGUGCGUCUGCGGCCCAAUGAAACAACCGGACGAGGAAGACUCCUGGUAAUGCUGGCAGCAUGCUGGGUUGUGUCUGUGCUCCUCGGGGCCCUGCCCAGUCUGGGCUGGAACUGCCUGAACAAUCUGGAUUCCUGCUCCACAGUUCUGCCAUUGUACGCUGAAAGUUACAUUGCCUUCUGCAUUAGUGUUUUCAGCGCGCUGCUGGUUGCUAUUAUCAUUCUCUACAUAAGGAUUUACCGUCUGGUGACCUCCAGCGGCCGCAGGGUGAGCAGCCGGCCUUCAGACUGCUCUCUGGUCCUGCUGCGGACGGUUGUGAUUGUUCUUGGGGUGUUUGUCGUUUGCUGGACCCCCUUAUUCGUUCUGCUCCUGCUCGAUGUCGGUUGCAGCCCGCAAAGGUGCGAGGUCCUCUACCAGGUAGACUGGUUCAUCACCCUGGCCGUGCUCAACUCUGCCCUCAACCCUCUGAUAUACACUCUGUCCAGCAGGGAGAUGAGAGGAGCUUUCUAUAAUUUACUCUGCUGCUCUCAAACCAGCAUGGAGCCAUGUGGGUCUCCUGCACUGGGUAACCCUCCUCUGGGCACCAUUAUCCCCACAGUGGAAAACAGCAGGACCAGUUUGGGUGGAGGUGGAGGCAGUGGGACCUGCAAGUCCGCUCUAAAGAUUCCUGGACCAACAAACUCCGACAAUAAACAUGCAGAUCCUUCUCCCACUACAGUGCUUCACCCGCCUGGGCCGGCGGACCUGCUCUCAGCUGUGCUUGUGAAGGCGGGGGCACUGCCGUCCCUCAGCAAGUUCUGAGUGGUGUCACCUAAAAAAAUAGUCUAGUAUCAGACAUUACUUCACUACCAGCCACUUUUUGUUUGUUUACUAUUGCUCAUGUAGCUUAUGAAACUUAGUUCGAACGGAGAAAAUCACGACAGUUACUUCUGCUCAGACUACAAUAAAAAGCCCUAUAGGUCACUACUAACACACAUGGUAAUAAAUAUCAAAAACCAAAACAGUGAACAAAAUAUAAGUUUGAUUUUCACAGUUAUUAACCCUCUAUGGCAUGACUUUUUAUUUUUGUGGGGAAGACAUAUUUUCCUGCAUUCUUUGGGAGC